CUGUCAUUGACAUUUCGACAUUUGAAACGUAUUCUAAAACGAAAUGCAUUUUGCACUAUUUUUCUCGAUACAAAUACAAUCUUAUAUAAUUAAAAUGUUAAAUAUGUCGUUAAUUGUAUUAGAACUUGAUUGUAAAUAGCAAUAAACUUUCAAGUGGUAGCUUGUGAUCUCAAUAAUAUAGUUCGUUGUAAAGUGAAGGAAGAUGGUCUCUACCAUUUCAACAUUAAAUCUUGAUGAAAAGUAUAACAGAGUUCGACGAAACUUCUGUUUCUAUUUGGACAUACAAGACCAUGGCCUCGCUAGAUCUAUAUCGCGUAGAAUCCAAGACAUGGGAUUGCGUCAAGAGAUCUUCCUGACGUCGCUGGUGACGCACGUGGUGCGCGAUAGGGCUCCGCCGCGGCCGGCGCUGGCGCGAUGCGCGGCCCGACGCCGUGAGCCGGCCCGCGCCCGCGCCGAUGCGAUGCUGCAGAGCGUGCGCCCCGACCACCACCCCCUUCACACGCAUACUAACUACAUUCAGCUCACUGUUCAGAAGGCUAUAAAUCUAUUGGAUAAACUGUAUGACACCUUCUUCGCGGCACCACGCAAAGCGCAUGUCAGAUACUUCACUAAACACUUUCUCAAGAUUGAAUUUUUGGACAAGGUGUGCCGGCCAGUAUUCAAGGAGUUUGAUGAAUGGCCUCAGAUAUCUUUAGACCCGGAUCCACCUAAAGAAAAGAAAGAUAAAAAGGAAUCCCCUGAAACACUGAACAAUAAUAACCGUCAUACUGCAGGUCAGAAAAUGACAAGGAAAAGUCGUCCCCGAAUAAAGGAGAAGGAAGAAAAAGAUACCAAGGGUGGGUACUGUGAGAUGUGCAACACCGAGUACCUGGACGCGGGCCUUCAUCGCCGCGACGCCGCGCACCUCGCCUUCGUGCGCGACCACGCCAACUUCCUCGCGCUCGACUCCCUCAUCAGCUCCGGCGCUGACGUCACCACAUUCCUCGACAAAGCCACCACCAUCAACGGCGAACGAAGAUCUCUAAGGAAAAUAUGCAAUGGAGAUACUGACACCAAAAACAGACGCUCGAAACGAUCACAGACCCCCGACACGCAGAUAAACGGAAACCAAAGCCCGAAACGGAAUGGAAUUUUAGAGGAAGAGAAAAAACACAAUACCCGGUGCAGUAAAAGGUGCAACGAAACACCUGAAGAUCGACAGUAUUACAAAGUGGUCGGCGUCAGCACGAAGCUACGGUCGAGCGGCGGGUUCGCGAACAAAGGGAAGGAUUCACCGCCUCCUUGCAACGGUACUAAGCCUCUAGUCGUGAAGUUUAGGAAAGUGAGACGAUCAGAGUUGUCAGUAUUGAGCGACGAAGCCGAGCAGUUCAUGUUUCCAAAGCGCGCCAGCUCCACGAGUUCCACGUCCUCGGACGACGAGGAAAAAGUGCUGAGAGCCAAGCGGAGGUCUCCUCCACAGCCGCCGGCCGCCAGCAAUGAGCGGCGGCGGCUGGCCAGGCCGCUGGCGCUGAAGGAGGAGUCUUCCGAGGAGGACAGCUGGCCGGAAGACAACAGGCGGCGGAAACGGAAAGCGCCCACUGUGGCUAAAAGAGGACGAAGAGCACCCAUCAAGCCGCCCGUUGUCGAAACUUUGGAGACGUCCAUUCCACCGGUGGUAGAACCAGCGAAUAUUGUCACACCAGUGGAAGUCGAAAUCGCUGAAGCUGAGGUGAAUCCACUAAGAGAUGAGCCGUCAGAGAGGUGUAUGAAGUGGGAAGAUGGACGGCUCAAGUAUACGCCGGCGGUGGAACAGCUGGAGUUUGCUUUCGAGUCUGUGCCUCGAAGUGAGCCCUGGUUUGAGACGUUCAAGAGGCAGGACCAAGAUAAGCUUCUGGUGAAGAAUGUGCCCAAGUAUUUUGCGCUAUACUCCAAAUCGCCAAAGUUACCAUACGAAAUCGGACAAUUACCGCCUUUGAAACCAAAUUGCUGUCCGCUCAGUGACCUGGUCAAGCGGGAGGAGAAACCUGGGCCUUCGCGGUCCUACGGCACCCGGGGCAUGAAGAAACAGAAGAUCAGGAAACGAACAGCGGCCAUUUUAGCUUUAGAAGGUCAUCCGAGGAAGUCCCCCAGGGAACACGCGUCCACGUUGGCCAUUCUCGGCUCCGCGGGGCUGUUACAUCGGCGGAAACACCCGGACGAUACUAAGUCCACGGCUUCCGAAGACACUAUCAGUGAUACUCAAAGCAAUCUCAAAAUAGAACCAGCCAUAUCAGAAACACAGGAGGCGUCCGAACGGCUGCAACAGUUUUUUUCUGAAGUCUUUGAAGACGCCGGCGAAUAUGAUUUGUCGGAAGAAUUGAUCGAAGGCGAAGCCGCAGUCGUCACGUCUACAAACAUCCCAGACGUUUCCAGCUUAGUCUCGGAAUGUGAAGACUGCGAUUUAAUCCGUAACGAGAUCAAGGAAGGCAUAGAGGAACAUAAAACGAGACGCGGAAAAUUCAAGAAGAAGAACAGAACCGGGUGGCCGAACAAGAGGAAGACUAAAAAAAGUUCUCGGGCGAGUAGCAUCGAUGCGGAAAAGCAUGACAGUAGUUUAGAUCGGUCGUCGGCGGAACCACCCUACGAUGACACAACACAAGACACUAUCAGUGAAGAGGACACGAACGCGUCCGAAUGCGAAGGAGAUAGAACAUUAUUGGACGAAAAGGAGAGCGAAAAGACUUUAGAAGGCAAUCUCAAAACGGAAGAGGAAUCGCAACAUUCGCAGGACAAAUGUGAUGCUAUGGAUGUGGACGAACACAAAGAAAAAUUGCAAAUAGACUUGAAACUUCUCGUACAGGAAGAGAAAAAAAAGGCAUCAGAAGAGAAGCGGAAGUCGCGGUCGUCCAACGAGGAAGACAAAGAGUUGAAGAAGAGGAAACGCGCGCUGCAGGGGCUGGGGCAGUGGCUGCAGCCAGUGGUGCGAGUGGCGCGAGUGGACGCCGCGCGUCGGCUGCGCUCCGCCGGCGUCCGGCCGCCGCGGCACAGGUAGCGCCCGGCCGCCGGCGCCGGCUACUGAACAAAACUCCUCCGCCAUACGUGUUUGUGACUCGAAUGUCCGCUAGUUAUUAUAGACUAUUUAUUUUGUAAAUACUUUUAUAACUAGAGAAUAUUUAAUUUCUAAUUUAUGGUCGUGAAUUUUGUCGAUUCCGAAGACGCGUUCGGGAGAUCAGUAUUUAAGUUGAGGUAGUAUGGAGGCUCUACUUGUAAAUAGCGGUGUACUCGUUUCGUGGGACGUCGAUGUGUGUGUACCGUGACGUGCAUUAUGAUGUUGCGAGCUUAGUUUGUAUAUAAAUGUUAAUGUAUGCUUAGCAUGUACUGUUCUUUUCUUUAUAAAUUGAAGUUUCAUCAAAUAAAGUUGUAUAAAUGAUGAUUAUUCUAA